UUCGGGUGUCGACCGAAGACGAUUACAUAUAUUUACUUGCAGCAGUACGAGAGUAUGUGCCGUCUCUGUCACACAUUUAGAGUAAACCUAGAAAGCAAAAGGAAUCCUAUCGCCUCUCUCACUCCCGCAUGACGGUUCCCCGUCACGUGGUAACCUCAUUACGUGAUUUUGUGUCGUCAAGUUCACACGUUAUUCUUCUGACCGGGACUAGAUUCGUGGUAAAAAUGGGAAAAAGGAAGAGGUCUAGGUCAAAGGAAAGUGAUUAUAAUGAUAUUUUAAGAAAAAUGAAAAAAUUAGAACGCAAGUUAAAGGAAAGACGAGAACGGUCGUUAUCAGUGAGUUCAAAUUCAUCGAGUUUAAACUACCGCGAUGAAAAUUAUGAUUAUGACCGAUAUUACGAUGUUUAUCCAGAUGAAGACGCGUAUGAUCCAGCAAUCAACUUGGAUGACGAAAUUGGCGAUGAGGAGCGCCCCGCACAGUUAGAUCCCCCGCCUCCCCCGGCAGUUCCGGCACCGGCCAGCGGCCAGCCGCCGCCAUCGUUACCGCCGAUCGAGGCCGUGCCAGGCACAUCGUCAUCGGUUAUUUUACCUGAAGGGCAAGAGGCAGAGGCUACGGUAAACUUGGACCCUGUCAUUCUAGAUCUUUUAGGAGAGGACCCUUCUACUAAAAAGAUUUACGGUGCAAGCUUACAUAAAGACAUUGCCCCGAGGUGGGCUCAUAUUCUUACUAAUGGUCUGACGAAAGAAUCUCAAGCGGAUCUAAUAAAACAAUAUCGGUUACCCGAAAACUGCACCAAUUUAUCAUCGCCAAAAUUGAAUCCUGAAAUAAAAGCUGCGCUCUCCGAAUUAAAUAUCAAACAAGAUCAGUAUAGCCAGGGUAAACAAAAUCAAAUUGGAAGCGGUCUCGCAGCUCUAGGACAAGCUUUAAAUUGGGUUGUCACAGCCAAAGAUAUUGUACCUCCAGAUAUUGUUAAAGCCUUAAUUGACGCCGGGAGGCUUAUCUGCGACAACCACUACAGGGAAUCGUUAUCGCGUAGAUAUGCGAUACUGAACACACUUAACAGAAACAUCAGAGAUACUGUUAAAGAUACAAAGAUUGACGAGAAUCUCUUUGGAUCCAAUUUAUCUGACCACUUGAAGUCAUCAAAAGCAAUAACGAAGACUGGCUCUGAAAUGAAGCCAGCGCCCCGCCCACCAUACAGGGCGCCAUCAGCUUUCCAGCCACAAAGAGGAGCUUUAAACUCGAGGGGGAACUCGCGCGCAGCAGCGACCGAGCCACGGACAGCGCCUGCGUCCCGCCGGCCGCCGCCUGCCCCGCAGCCGCGAGAUCGCCGCCAGCCUGCCACGCGGGGCCGUCAUCGCGCUUCCGGAUAUUCGAGACAUCAGAGGAGACAUUAAUGGAACCACAGGUACUGGUAGCAGGACGCUUAAAAUAUUUUUACGAUAAAUGGACCGAACUUACCGAUGACCAUACUAUCCUAAAUUGGGUCAAAGGUUAUACAAUACCGUUCAAAGAACGGCCUAUACAGACAAUGCAACCAAAAAAUAAUGCUUGUAAUUCUCAUUCUCAAAUGAGCAUUAUUGAUAAUUGCAUUACCGAACUUCUGACUUCUAAAUUCAUCUCACCUUGCACACCUUGUGAAGGUCAAUUUAUUUCCCCGAUUUUUACAGUGCCUAAGCCAAACGGGAAAUACAGGUUUAUAUUAAAUUUAAAAAUGUUAAAUAAGUAUAUUGAUGUGGACCACUUUAAGAUGGAGGACCAUCGCACUGCUUUAAAGCUUUUACAACGUAAUUAUUAUAUGGGUUCUAUUGACUUACAAGAUGCGUAUUUUCUAAUCCCAAUAGAUGAAAAUGAUAAAAAGUUCUUGCGAUUCGAAUGGAAAUCACAAAUAUACGAGUUUAAUGUACUCCCGUUUGGCCUAUGCACUGCACCAUAUGUAUUCACUAAGCUGUUAAAACCUGUUUUGCAAUACUUGCGCUCAUCGGGUCUAAUGUCAGUAGUUUAUCUUGAUGAUUUUUUGUGCAUCGGCCAAACUUAUGAUGAGUGUUUGAAAAACAUCACCAUAACAAAAGCUAUUUUGGAAUCUUUGGGGUUCGUGAUAAAUACCAAGAAAAGCGUAAUGGUACCAAAUAAGACCUGUAGGUUUUUGGGUUUCGUAUUUGACACUAAACAUAUGAUUAUUACGUUGCCAGAAGAGAAAAAAACACGUAUUAGGAAUAAAGCUUUAGAAUUGAUGAGGAAAAGUAGCUGCACUAUUAGACACUUUGCUGAAUUCAUAGGUUUACUAAACUCCGCAUGCCCAGCCGUGAGCUAUGGUUGGAUGUAUACCAAACUAUUCGAACGCGAAAAAUUCCUCGCUCUCAAUUAUAGUGAGGACUAUAAUAGGCGAAUGGAAAUAAGGUCGUUUUUAAAAAAUGAUUUCUUAUGGUGGGUAGAUAAAAUUGAUUCAUCUUUCGACCCCAUUAGAAAAAAUAAUUUCCUUAUGGAAAUAUUUAGCGACGCUUCUAAUACUGGCUGGGGCGUAGCAUGCGGGGGUCAAAGUGCCAAUGGUAACUGGACUGAGUCAGAAUUACAUCUUCACAUAAAUACUCUCGAAUUAAAAGCAGCUUAUUACGGACUAAAAAUAUUUACCGAAAACGUACAAGACUGCGAUAUAUUGUUGAGGAUUGACAACACCACUGCCAUUAGCUACAUAAACAGGAUGGGAGGUGUGCAACACCCCCAUUUGAACGAUUUAGCUCGAAAAAUAUGGCAGUGGUGUGAAGACAGGAAUAUCCAUAUUUUCGCCUCUUAUAUAAAAUCAUGUGAAAAUGUAAUAGCCGAUAGGGAGUCACGCCGAAUCAAUAUCGACACGGAAUGGGAAAUAUCUCAACCAGUUUUCAUACAAAUAACCAACCUAUUAGGCAAACCAGAGUUUGAUUUAUUUGCUAGUGCCCAGAAUAAUAAAUGCACUAGAUAUGCUUCUUGGAAACUAGACCCUUUUUCGGAGGUAGUUGACUCGUUUACAUUUAAUUGGCAUGGCAUAAACUUUUAUGCGUUUCCUCCAUUUAGUCUGAUCACUAGAGUCCUGGAAAAAAUUAUUACAGACCAAGCAGAAGGAAUUUUAAUUGUGCCUGACUGGCCUUCACAGCCAUGGUACCCUUUGUGGUCUAGGCU